AUGCCUACACAAAUAACUGGGUCUCGUGGUACACCUGUGUGGAUACCUCAUCCUGAACUUGCAUGGCGACCGGCUGUGCUGCUGGACGAUCCAUCUGCAGAUAAACCUGUUCUUGUACAGUGGUUUGAUACCAAGCAAACCGAUGUUAUCGAUUUGGACAAAAUUUGCAAUGGGGCUUCUCCCCCACUCAGAAAUUUGUCCGACUCUAUCCAGCAGGCUGAUUUAGCCAGUCUUCCUGUUCUUAAUGAACCAGAAGUGCUCAACAACUUGAAACUGCGGUUCUGUAACCAGCACGAAAUCUACACCUACUGUGGACUGCUUCUAAUAGCCCUGAAUCCCUACAAGGACUUGCCUAUUUAUGGAAAAGAGUUCAUGGAAGCCUACAACCAGAACAGUCUUGACAGCGAGGCUCGACGUGACCCCCACAUCUUCGCAAUCGCUGAUGAGGCUCUUACUCGUUUAAAGCAACUGAAUCAGAACCAAUCAAUCAUAAUCUCCGGCGAAUCUGGCGCGGGUAAAACGGUUUCCGCGAAUUGCGUUCUGCAGUACUUUGCAACAAUUGCGGGUGCACGGUGUGCCGAUAUGGUGACCUUGAAAGACACCGUUGCCAUGCACACCAAGGUCCUUGCGAGCUCGCCGCUCUUGGAGGCCUUUGGCAACGCCCGAACAGUCCGCAACGACAACAGCAGUCGGUUCGGGAAAUUCCUCGAAGUGGGCUUCAGUUCGAGGCAUCGUGUUGUUCAGGCGCACAUGAGGACGUACCUCUUGGAGAAAUCUCGGGUCGUUUUUCAGGGUCCACAGGAGCGCAACUACCACAUCUUCUACCAGCUCCUGGCCGCAUCAGAGGACCCAUCGUUGAGACAAAACACCGCCUUUCUCGAAGAAUUAGCUCUAGCUCCGGGUUCAGUGGGGCUCCAGAACGGUGAAAUCGAACCUCCAGCCGACUUUCAUUAUGCUCACAGAGAGCACUGUAAAAGUGUGAAGGGAAUCGAUGAUUUGGCGGGCUUCUCCACGACCCUCGAAUCCAUGCGGAAUCUGGAUUUCUCCGAUGAAGAAGUGAGGGCUGCUUUUGUGCUCGUGGCAGCUACCCUACACCUGGGAAAUGUCACGUUUACUGACACUGCGAGGGACGGCUCUCAAUUGUCUCCUUCUGGCACCAGAGCCCUUUCUGCUGUGCUGCGUCUGUUGGAAAGGGAUUUCGAUGCAAACGCAGUCAACUCGGCGGGUAGCUGUCUCUGCAACCGGAUAAUUCACACCGUCGAGGGGCAACUAGUCAAGCCCCUCAGCGUUUCCGAGGCAACCAACGCCAGAGACGCCCUCGCCAAGUACUUCUACCAGGUCCUCUUUGAGUGGGUUGUUGUCAAGUGCAACGCGGCCCUGGAGACAAAGCUGCCACCGAGGGCUUCAAUACGGCGAAAGGAGCUCUCAACUCCCCGCAACUUCAUUGGAGUCCUCGAUAUCUACGGCUUUGAGAGCUUCGAAGUGAACAGCUUCGAGCAGUUUUGCAUUAACUACGCCAAUGAGAAAUUGCAGCAGCGAUUUAUCACGCAUGUGUUCAAGAUGGAACAAGAGGAGUACGUUCGCGAGGGCCUGGAAUGGGCCUUUGUGGAUUACUACGACAAUGCACCGUGCAUUGAACUGCUGGAAGGCGAUAUGGGCAUCAUCGCAUUACUCAACGACGAGUGCAAGAUGCCGAAACCACAAGACAAAAAUUGGCUAGCGCGUCUGUGCCAGGAGCACUUGGGCAGAAGUCGCGAUUUCAGCCAAUCGAAAAUGUGGACCAGGGAGCGUUUUACCAUCCAACACUUCUCUGAACAAGUGGAAUACACUGUGGAGGGCUUCGUGGAGAAGAACGCUGAUCGUAUUAUCCCUGAACACGCAGCUCUCCUUGCAGCUACUAAGUUCUCAGCUUCCUUGAAGGCCUUGUUGGAAACCCUUGAUAAGACAACAGUUCAUUACAUCCGCUGCAUCAAGCCCAACGACCAAAAAGCACCAUUCACGUGGACAUACGAGGAUUUUGUGAGUCGAUACUGGCAGUUAUGUCCCGGGAAAAACACCCUCAAGGAGGAUGUCUUUAAAGUGUCUGAGAAAAUUCUCACCCAAAACAUCAAGAACUCCGACCAAUACCGUCUGGGUAGGACGAAGAUAUUCUUCGGGAACGGUGUUCUCGCCCACCUUGAGCGCCUACGCAGUUCCAAGAUUGUGGCCUCAGCGACGAUCAUCCAAAAGAAUGCCCGAGGUUGGCUUGCGAGACAGCGCUAUUGCAGAAUCCGGCGUCACCUCGUUAUGGUGCAGGCAGCUGCUCGUCAGUGGUUAGCCAAGGCUCGUGUUCGACAGCUGCAGGAACAGAAGGCAAAGAGCAAUUUCACUCAAGCAUCCGUUGGAAAAGACGCAAAGGACCAUACCUGGACAUUUAGUUUACUUCGAAGGCACAAAAGUCCUCACUCGGAGACGACCUUGACACGAAAACGCGCCAAGUCAAAAGAGGCGCUGCAAACCACCAUUGGGGAUCUACAAUCGCAGCUCACUGAGCGCGAAAAUGAAAUCGCCGCCAAGGACUCGCAGAUCGCAGCUCUACUAGAGAAACAGGAACAACUGCAGGCGGAAAUAGCGGCCAAAGCCAAUCGCCAGAAGAACAAGAAGCGUGUGAAAAAGGACAGUGAUGUGUACGAGGAGGUGAAUUAUCGUCCUAGAUCCAAGCAACUCCGCAAUUUGCACAAAGUCCACGCCAAUGGCCUCCUGAUGAAUGACUCAUCUGAGGAUGGAUCCAGUGGGAUACACCAGGUCGAGACUACAUCACCGCCAGAGUCGGCUUCAGACGUGCUGCUCGAAUUGCAAAGACGAUGCGCCAUAUUGGACACGGAGAAGGAAGAACUGUAUCGGAGACUGGAGACGUACCAGGAAAAUUACGCGAUUGCGCAAACCCGACAUCUGGAGGAUCAGACACACUGGUCUUCGAUUUGGUCUAUUCCGCUUUCUAACCUUGCAGAGUCGAUUCGUCGGCUUGAGGAGUGGAUUGAGAGCCAGAAUCGUCAGAGAGCAGCCAACCGCACUACCGAGGUUCAAACAGACAAAGAUGACGUCGCGAAUCUUGAGAGUAUUCUCCAAAUUCAACGUGAAGCUAGCAGGUGUGGCUACUUUGCCGAACUGGUACACCGGAACGCGCCGGAGUGUCUGCAAAUGACCGUGUCGCCCUACUUCCUUGAUGCUCGUCAACUGAUCGCAAUUUCGCAGAGCAGAAUGGAUAGUACAGGCAUUCACGACUUCUCGCCUAAGGUAGGCAUGCUUCGCUGUUUAGAAGGACAAGAAGCCCCUCUGAUUCACCGCCUGGUCAAAGACUUGGAUGUCUCGAAGACGACUAGCUGGCCACCAUUGGUUGUCGCGGAACUCAUCUUCCUUCUGGCUCGUGGUGCCGAUGCUGUCCACGAUGAAGAGCAGAUUUCGGCGAUUCUCUCGGCUACCAUCAAAACUGUGCAGGCCGAACUCAAGAAACAUCCAACAAAUACAGAACUUACCCUGUUCUGGCUUGCAAACAUAUUCGGCCUACGGAACUGCAUUCAGGAAUUCGGUGGUGGACAAGGUAGCCAAGAAACGGUGGCCGAGGAAGAAGAAGUCUACUACUUGGAAAACUACGACGUUAGCCUCUUCCGACCACUUCUCACCGACCUCCUAACUCUCACAUUCCACCGCCUGAUGGCGAAUAUCAGGGAGACGGUGUUCCCGCCCUCAGUGAUCACCGGCGCACUACUCGAGUACGAGCCCAUACCCAACCUGAGCUGUCAAGCGCUGACCGCGUCGCGAUCCGGCGGCCUCCAACCUCAGAACACCUGGCUGAGACGUCUUCCGCACUUCCAGCGCUUCACCAAGAACCUCGACAGGGUGUUCGAGUUUGUGACCGCUCAGGCCGCGGACACGUAUCUGGUGUGGCACGUAUUUUAUCAAAUCUUCUACUACAUCACUGCCUCAGCGCUGAAUACGAUCUUGCUGAGGAAGGAUCUCUGCAACUGGGCGAGAGGCGCACAGAUUCGGCACAAUUUGGCAACUCUAGAGACAUGGCUUUCGGAGAGAGAUCUGAUUCCCGACGGACCGAACCAGGAGUCGAAUGGUGCGCCUGGCGAGGGUCGACAGCUUAGGGAAAUCUUGUCUUCAUUAAUCCAGGUCUGUCUUAUUUUGCAAUCGAAAAAAGGCGCCUCCGACAAAACCACCAUCGAGUCGGUGUGCCAGCUCUGCCCGAAUCUCACCAUUAGCCAGGUGACCAGGCUACUGUCUAGGUGUACUAUGGUAGACGGGGUCGAAGAACAGGCUCAGCCGGAGUUCCUUCACGCGGUUCGAAGACGACUGCGUGAAUUGCGACCGGAGGCGAGUUGCAAGACGCUUUGCUGCGGAAUUGAGGUCUCCCAAUCCACACUGCUCUUGGACUCAAACAACAUCGACUCCCUCGGUGAAAUCCCCUUCCGACCUCUACCGAACUCGCUUGCUAGCUUCAAAAUCCCCACAGAACUCGACGACCUAUCCCAAUUCAUUGUGACCAUAGAAACUUGA